GCAGCUAUCAGUGUGUACAUGACAACUAAUGAAUAUUUUCGUAAGUAAUGAUGUUUUCAUGUACUGCCCAGCUCGGAAUUGUUGAUACAUAUCUUUGUAUUGAUACGACUAUGUUUUUGAAUAUAUUUCUCAAUAGUAGCACAUAACUUGUAUUGAUAAAAAAUAUAUUAAAAUCAUAGAUUCGCGAUAGAACAUUCUCGUGUUAUGUAUAUCUUCAAUUUACAUUAAUAUAAAACCGGCAUCGUAAGGCAACAAGGUUUCGUCAUUUCCAUACCUGAUAAACAAGAACUGGUCUAAGAAUUUUUCUUACAAGAUCUCGGAAAGUUUUAAUAUUGUUUAUCAGAAUAUUCAUUCAGCCAUUAUUCUCAGUAUCUUUGUUAGCACAAAGCUGUAAACAUGGCUGAAUUGAAGUACUUGAAUGGUUUCGGCUCUGAAUUUUCCUCUGAAGAUACUAGAUGUCCAGGAUCUCUUCCUGAAGGUCAAAACAGCCCCCAAAAGUGUCCAUAUGGGCUCUACGCCGAACAGUUAUCUGGAACAGCCUUUACUGCGCCCAGAGUCGAAAAUAAGAGGAGCUGGUUGUACAGGAUCCGACCGUCUGUCGUUCACAAACCUUUCAGGCGUUUUGGAAAGGGAAAUUUGACUUGCGAUUGGAACGAGGAAGAGCCCGAUCCAAAUCAGAUGAGAUGGAACCCAUUCAAUCUCCCAAAAACUGGGAAUGUUGAUUUUGUCGAAGGAUUAAACACAAUUUGUGGUGCUGGCGAUCCCAAACUGAAGCUUGGUUUAGCCGUACAUAUUUUUUCUUGCAACAAGUCUAUGGAAAAACGAGCUUUUUACAACGCUGAUGGUGACUUUCUGAUAGUGCCUCAGCUUGGAACCUUAAAAAUAACGACUGAAUUUGGCCAAAUGUCCGUAAAACCAAACGAAAUCGCUGUGAUCCAACAAGGAAUGCGAUUCAAGGUGGAAAUCUCCCAAACUUCUAGAGGAUACAUCCUAGAAGUAUUUGGCAGACACUUCACCAUACCGGAUUUAGGUCCUAUUGGGGCAAAUGGUUUGGCCAAUCCGAGGGAUUUCCAGACACCUGUGGCUAGAUACGAAGACACCCAAGAAACGUACGAGAUCGUAUCGAAGUAUCAAGGGAAACUUUCCGUUUGUGAACAGGAUCACAGCCCUUUUGACGUUGUCGCAUGGCACGGGAACUACGUGCCAUACAAGUACGACCUGAGCAAGUUUAUGGUUAUAAAUACGGUGUCGUUUGACCAUUGUCAACAAAUUGGAGUAUGUUUACAUUGUAUUGUUUGUUGCCAAAAUUGCGUACUUUUCACACAGUUGUCUAGCAAUGCCUACCAAAGUGACAGCGUUAUAUCAACAUAAUAAUACUUAGCAGUGGAAACAUCUACAUUUAUUAGGCUUGUGCCGCUAUUUGCAAAUUAUGUAAAAAGUACCAAAAUUAUCUGCCAACACUCGCACUUUUAGAAAAUAAAUCUAAAUAUACGAAUUUAAUUACAAAACUGUCAAGAAAUUGACAUACGAUCCAUCGAUCUUCACAGUUCUCACAUGCCAGUCUGAAAAACACGGAACGGCAAUAGCGGACUUCGUAAUUUUCCCGCCAAGAUGGUCAGUUCAAGAGCACACUUUCAGGCCCCCCUAUUACCACAGAAACUGCAUGUCGGAAUUCAUGGGGCUGAUUUUUGGAGAGUACGAAGCCAAGAAAGGUGCUUUUUUGCCUGGAGGGGCCACGUUGCACAGCAUUAUGACGCCCCAUGGGCCGGAUGUGAAGUGUUUUGAAGCUGCUUCUCAGGAGAAACUGGUACCUACCCGGGUAGCUGACGGAACACAGGCGUUUAUGUUCGAGAGUUGCUUGGGGCUGGCAGUUACGAAAUGGGGAGCAAAAACUUGCGAAAAAUUGGAUGCCGACUAUUAUAAAUGUUGGCAGGGACUGAAGAAACACUUCACUGGGCCAAAAGCUUGAAAACUGUCUUUUUAGUUUUAAGAACGUCCUCCUUUACGCUUAUAUAGGUUAAUUUGUAAUUUUAAGUUAAUAAAGAAGCGUCCUCCUACU